GCGGGUCUCGGGCCUCAAACAUGUCGCGGCUGCUGGAAGACGAGGAGUGGCUGCUCCAUCAGUCGCGGUCGCUGGCCUCUCCGCGCCGAGACCCGUUCAUCAAGACCUGCAUCACGUACUCCGGCGCCGCAUGCGUCGGGUUCACGCUGCUGCUGGUCGGCGUGUUCGUCUGCGUCAUCACGUACGACGUUCGCAAGGCGGAUGGGCGCGCUGUCGCCGUCUUUCCAGUAAAGGUCCGAUCGCAGGGUCGUAAACCUGUGCCGAUACUGUGCCACGUGAACGUGGCCAGAUUUUACGACCACGAGGUCCGCUACAGGCCUGCGGACCUGCCUGGCAACUAUUGCUCGCACCUGGUGCUCCCUCUACGGGGAUUUUUCAGCGGUACCAAUGAGACUCCGGACGCCAGCAUGGCCUUUGGACUGGUGCACUCGCGGCUCAUCGAGCUUCGAGAUCAAGUCAACACGAGCUUCCCCCACCUCAAGUACCUGAUCGCAAUAGGCGACGAUAAUGGCGGUGGCAGCCGGCUGGCUUUCCACGAAACGCCCAAUGCGACCGCGUACAUGACUUUCCUUGUGGAGAUGGUUCGGUGGGUUCUGCAGAACCGCUUCCACGGGAUCGUGCUGAACCGCGUGUUCCCCAUUGAGAACGAGUAUAAACGACACAUGGCCAUCUUCCUGUCGCACCUCAAGCAGGUCAUGCACAAGCACGGACUCCUCUUCGUCGUCACCGCGUCCUCGCACACUGGCAUUUUCAAGUCCGGGACCAGGCCCGGGAGGCUAUCCCGCUUCCUCGAUUACGUCGGAGUCGUGACACAGGGUCUACACCACCCGGCCAACGCGACCGACCGCAUUCUCGUGCCACUCCACCAUCAGCGAGCUCGCAAAGGCAGAAGCGUCGAAGACUUCGUCGAGAACGUCGUCUCGAGCGGCCUACCCCGGAACAGGGUGCUCCUCGCCAUAUCCCUGUCGGGCUACGUGUGCACCAUGUCCAAGCUCCCCGAGAAAAACGAGGUUCCCAGGUGGAUUGACACGCACGCCGUUCGCGUGAUUUCAUACAGGGAGGCCUGCCAGUUGGUGCGAAAAACCGAAUGGGCCCUGUCUUACGACCAAGAGAGUGAGAAGCCGCACGCAUGGCGCAACAACGUCUGGAUGGGAUACGAGGACGAGAUAAGUGUGCGCAAGAUGGCCUCGCUCGUAGACAAGAUGUUUCUCGGGGGUGUCAUCAUUUGGGAUGUCGGCAACGACGACUACUUAGGCCGCUGCGGGCUCACCAACCCGCUAGUGAGGGCCAUUUUCACCGAGGUUGAAGGCACGCCCAUCGACGACAACUCAACGGCCAUCAUAUCAAGCUUCAACGUAACGGACUCCGAAGCGGCUCACACUUUCAACAAAACUCUCGGGAUGGAUGAGAAGCGAGUGCAGUAAAAGUGUGCAUCAGUG